AUGAGUCUGAGGUAUCUUAAUUCAGAGAUGACAAUGGAGGACAGAAGCAGCCGCACUGGCGGCAGAGAAAGGCUGGGACUGAGCUUCACUAUUGACUAUCUUCUGUUCAAUAAAGGAGUCAAAGGUUCCAAAGAAGAAGCGACAGGAAGUCGUACAGCAGAGCAGAUAGCGAACAACAUGCCAAAUCAUCAGAAUCCUAAACCCGAAGAGGUGGAGAUUCACGCUGAGAUACAGGAGAAGCGGCUACAGAGGUCAGAGACUGAAGAAAGGAAAGUCAAAGAAGAGGAGGGGGAUGAAGAGCAACAAGAGGAGGGGGAGGAGGUAACCACCACCAGCAGCCCAGAGAAGUCUACGGACAAACCUAACCAGUCGUACAUUGCACUCAUCUCCAAGGCAAUCCUGGCAUCAGAGCAGAAGAAACUGCUGCUAUGUGACAUCUACCAGUGGAUCAUGGACCACUACCCUUACUUCAAGAGUAAGGACAAAAACUGGAGGAACAGCGUGCGUCACAACUUGUCCUUGAACGAUUGCUUCAUCAAAGCAGGCCGCAGUGACAACGGUAAAGGCCACUUCUGGGCGAUUCACCCAUCAAACUACCAGGACUUUUCUAACGGGGACUACCACUGUCGGAGGGCGCGGCGGAGAGUACGCAGGGUGGCAGGACAGCUCCACCAUUCCUCCCUAAACUCCCCCUACUACCCCGCCCUUGCGCGGGCCCACAGAACGACCUGUUGGUGCUGCCCUCAAGCCCAAACAUUCCCUCUGUCCUGCUUGGCACCCAGACUCUACUGGCCGUGGUCCAGUGUGCAGCCACAAGUGGGGCUCCACCCAGGACUGCGUGCCUCUAUACCCUGA